UUCAGAGAUUUAAUCGGCGAUCUGUUGAGUGUAUAUAAAGAAAUUUGAUGAGUAGAUCUUUGUUCUAGUCACUUUACAAUCGCUUGAGACUAUUUGUCAGUGACCUUGAUAACGCCCUCGAGUUCGCCAAACACGUACAAAUUUUGCGCUACUUGAUGUCAUGCUCUGAAGUUUCUUGUUGACGUCAAAGUGAUCUUCAAACAGUCCAGAUCAGUAUUUCUAAUCUUACCUUCUAUAUUGGUAAGUUUCUUCAAGGUGGUUGGAUUGGACUAAUGAAAUAAUUACUUCAUCACAACAAAAUUAACUUUGUUUCUAACUCCACAUCAACGUUCAUAUUUCGGUUGCUUAAUGGAUGUGAAAGUCGGUAAACCGAGAGAAAAGCCUUCAUACUACGGUGGGGAUAAAGUUGACGCUGACGAUGAAGAAUCUCAAAAGCUUUGUAUAAAUGAUUGUCGACAAAAGCAGGCAGCAUUGUACCCUCCCUUUUUGUUUAAAUCAUCGUCGGCACAGUUACUUCUCUCACCUCCAGAUGCAAGUGAACUUCUUGCUAUAACUGGUCAAAGUAGAAUUCAUCUGUAUAUACAGCGAAAUUUGGACGAACUUUCGCUCAAAACAUGUGAAAAUUGCAAUAACUCUAAUCACUCAGACAUCUCAAAUCCUAUUGAAGUCGAUUUGGCUGUUUGCAAACUAAAUAAUCUUAGUAUUCCAUCGUUUCCUCAAAAUUUGUCUUCUGAAGUUUCAAUAUUCCGGUCUCAUGGACUUCCUUUACUUGUUUGGCCUAAAUCAGCUGAUAAAAUACUCAUUCAAAAGUAUUUAAAUUAUAACUAUCCGGAUUGUGGUCGUUGGUUUAGUGAACUAGAUAAAGUAACCGGCUGGUUAGAACAGAAAUGGAGGCCAUUAACACGAAACUUGGGCAUAGUUAGUAAUGGUGAAAUCAGUAAUAAUGAUGAUAAUUGGAUCAAAUUGGAUAAGAAUAUAUGUAUUCGUGGUCUUCCCUCGGAUUGCGUUGCUGUAACUUAUUUGAAAAAACGUUCGACACAAUAUGAAAAAUAUGCCAGUUUAUUAAAAAGUUACUUUACUCAUCGUCUACAAUUCACACCAGCUUUUCAUCAUAAUCCUAUACAUAGAGAACUUGAAGAACAUUACAAAGAAAGACUCGGUUGUUUAAGUGAAGAUGCUGGUUAUUUUAAUGUUAUUGGAAAUCGUCUCAUUCAAGUGAUUAAUAAAGCCUUAUCAUCUGGUAGACCGUAUUCUCUUAACCCAAUCACUUUCACUUCUUCUAUCAGUGAUUUAAGUAUGAGAGAACAAUGUUUACAUGCUUUACUACCUGGCAAUGAGGUGAAGAAUAUUAGAAACCAGAAGAGGAAAUCCACUAACGAACUGUGUAGAAUCGAUGGUCUUUCCGAUACUGAUAGUCAGUUUAUUGAUAGUCAAUCUAAUGACGACGGUGACGGAAGCAUUUCAGAAUUUGACGAUGAUAGUGAUCAGUUUUUAGCGCCUAAUGAGAAGGACACAGUUAGUCCGAAAUCAGCUGAUCAGUCCUCUCGUGAUCUACCAAAUCGACCAAUAAGCAAAGAGAUAAUGAAAAAUAAAGGCAUUGUAAAAUAUCGACAUAAACGUGAACGUAAUCCUAGAGUGCAUUUACGGCAUAAAUUCCGUAAGGCAACAAUUCGUUACAGAUCACGUGUUGCGCCGGUUCGUAAAGAAGACAAACCAUAUGCUGGUGAAGUUAAAGGAAUACGUGUAAAUUUGAUUAAAUCGCAUAAAUUCAAAAAAUAUUAAUUCACUUUUCAACACAUUCAGUACUUCUUUGUAGUUGAUUUCCUUUCCUUUCUGUGAUCAUUCUGACAUGUUUUUUUAUGUGAUUAGCGGUGUUAUAUAUUAAAUAUAUUAGAUUAGGUUUUAUUUGCGAAAGUUGACAGUGAUUACGAAUUACAUACGGUGGAAAGAUAGUUCUUGUUUCAAAUAGAAUCUACUGGAACUAAUAUACUUUACGACAAUUCAACAUUUUCAAUCGACACGGAUAACGGAUAGUUUCGAAGUAUAAUAUGAGGCUUUCCGUCUGUGGGACCUAG